UCCUCUCUCGCCUAGCAACCGCAUAACACAGAGCAGCCUCAUUCAGAUCCCUGCGCAGCUCGCCCAAGGGGCAUUUCUUAGACUGCGGACGGACACAGGUGGGUUUCUCUGCAGGAUGGCAACGAAGAGCUUUGGGUGGGAUGAUGAAGCAAAGUCCCCAAGCAAGAAACAGUUCUCUACUGUGACACUCUACCAGUACGACAGCAGCAUCGAGCCAAAUGAGGAUGGGUUCCAGCCCACUCGGCAGAAUCUCUCCGGAAAAUACUCUGUUUGUUCAGAGGAGACUGCAAACUCUGACAUUCCCCAGUUGGUUCCAUGCACGUUCACCAUCUGCUUGGCUUUGCCAGGGCUUUUUGGCAUUAAAGGCAAGCAUUCACAUGACAAAUUUAAACGAUUAAGAGCUGACAAACUUGCAAAGUUACGACGCUUCUAUCAUAUAGAAUAUCAGCUCUUGCCAGAUGACAGAGAGCCUAAACAAGUCGACAUGGUGUUGUUUAGUACAUUAAUAGCCAAAGUAUUCAUGGAAUCUGGAAUAAAGUCUGUGAGUCCAUGGUGUGAAAAUGAUAAAUUGUGGGUGUCUUGGAAAGAAACUCAUAAGAUGUCAAUUACAAAGGAAGUGUUAAAGAAACUCAACUAUCACAAAAUCAUCUUUAGUAUAUGGGACACCAAGGAGAGAGUGUCUAAAAAAGCAAAGUUUUCUAAAGUAAAAAGUUACAGUCGCCAGGAGGAUUUUGAAAGUAUUGAUGAAACGAAACAAUUGGUUCUAAGGCAAAGAGAAUUGUCUCUAGAGAAAAUGCCCAAGCCUAGUGUUAUUAAAACAAAAAAGAGGAUCAUAGAGGUUCAACCAUUUAAACCUCCUGUCAGCGUUGAAUCAGAUGGAGAAACCCCUAGCAAAAUUGAUCCUGAAUUUGAUAAGGCUUUGAAAGGAGACGAAUUUAUCGUUCAGUGGAACAUGUCAAGAGUAUCGGGACUUACUGUAGAAAAACAAUCUGAUCUCAAAGACUCAAGCAAGCCACUGACCCUGGCCAGCUCAUCCACUAUUAUGGACAAUCUCAGGAUGCAAAGUAUUGGGCACUGA